AUGCAGCCAGCUGGCAAACCGAAGACAGUGCAACUGCAAGCGGGUCUGGAUUGGCGAUUCAGUGACAAGGCGGAUUCCCGCCCGACGAUCCAGAUCUGGUACUAUCGACAGAGGAAGACAGAAGUUCUUGCAAAGCAACAAAACUGCGUCAAACAGGGUCAUAUUGUUAUUCUUGGUGAACUAAAGCAGAUCAAUUUUGUCGCAGGCUUCACGGAACGGAGACUUAUAUGGGCUUGGUUUUGCGAUAGCACGUCGCUUUGGAAGUAUCUCUGGUUUCAGUCGAAGUAG